CGUCAAAAGUUUAGCUCUUUUUCCACACGAGUGAAGGGCCCCUCAACAGAGUGUCAACGCCAACUCAACUUCGCAGACGCCGCCAAUUUUCUCGCAUUUCUCUCUCCCAGUCCGCUGUCGCCGGAAUAAUCACUCUCCGUUCUUUUUAGCCGGAAAGUUUGUGAUCGGAGGGAGAAUUAAGACCAGAAUAUAGUCUAGUAUAAUGGAGGAUUUGUGUAUGGACAUUGAUCCUCCUCCGUUCAAGGAGAACAGCCUCGCUACGGCAGAAGAUUGGCGAAAGGCGCUUGGCAAAGUAGUUCCUGCCGUCGUCGUGCUCAGAACCACCGCUUGCCGAGCUUUCGAUACCGAAUCUGCCGGUGUCAGUUCCGCUACGGGCUUCGUUGUUGAUAAGCGUCGCGGAAUUAUACUCACGAAUCGUCAUGUUGUUAAACCUGGACCUGUGAUGGCAGAAGCUAUGUUUGUGAACCGUGAAGAAAUACCAGUUUACCCCAUAUACAGGGACCCUGUUCAUGAUUUUGGCUUCUUUCGCUACGACCCUGGUGCAAUACAAUUCUUGAGCUAUGAAGAGAUUCCUCUUGCUCCUGAUGCUGCCGCUGUAGGUGUAGAAAUCAGGGUUGUUGGUAAUGACAGCGGCGAGAAGGUGUCUAUUUUGGCCGGUACCCUUGCUCGAUUAGAUAGAGAUGCUCCGCAGUAUAAAAAAGAUGGCUACAAUGACUUCAACACGUUCUACAUGCAAGCUGCUUCGGGGACUAAAGGUGGUUCAAGUGGCUCGCCUGUAAUUGAUUGGCAAGGAAGAGCUGUUGCCUUGAACGCUGGGAGCAAGUUAUCAAGUGCAUCUGCUUUUUUCUUGCCUUUAGAACGAGUUGUCAGGUCACUCAAAUUCUUACAGGAAGGAGGAUAUUUUUCUACAAAUACACGGGCAGCUGUCUCUAUUCCUCGCGGUACGCUUCAGGUUUGUUUGUUAUUUUCUUGCUGCGACUUAUUUCCCCCCUAUGAAUGCCUGAAAAGGACUUGCAUAUCUUUUAGGGGAUCUUUUUUAAAGUAAUUAUUUCGUUUAUGC